AUGGCGCAAUGCCGAUCACUCUCCAUUGCAAACAUGGAGUUUAAACUACUGUUUCUUGUAUUACUUGUAGCCGCAACAGCUUACGCUGAACCAAAAAGCUAUGAAGGCUAUAAAGUUUACAAAGUUGUUCCCAAAACAGCUGAUGAAGUGGAAAGUCUGCUCAAAGUGAAAAUAAGUGGUGUAUCCGAGUUUUGGGAUGAGAGUGUUGAUGUAAACCAAAUUGUAAAGAUAAUGGUAUCGCCAGCACAUGAAGCAGAGUUUAUUGAAAUUCUACAAAGAAAUAAGAUUGAAGCGACGCUAGUGAUUGACGAUGUGCAAAGAGCCAUCGAUGACCAGAUAAUUCCGGUCUCCAGACGUAAAGGAAGCGGUAGCAGCAGUGGUAGACCCAGUAGUGGUAGUAGUGUAAGUGGUAGACCAGGGUCUACCGGUAGCAGCAGCAGUGGUACAGGAACCACCGGCAGCAAUGGCUUUUUAACCUAUUACGCGUAUACAACUGCAAGUCUUCGUCGUAACAGAAGAACGUAUCAACGUAAUGCCGACACAUUAUUCUCAUUCACAUGGGACAGAUACCACACAUUAGAUACCAUAUAUUCCUGGCUUGAUGAAUUAGCAGAGGCUUUCCCAAACAUUGUGAAAACAGUAGUCAUGCCAGGUCAAAGCGUAGAAGGUAGAGAGAUCAAAGGAAUCAUCAUUGACUACCACCCAGAGAGAACGGAGAAGAAAAUUGGUAUGUUUGAGGGCGGACUUCAUGCUAGAGAGUGGAUUUCACCAGCAACUGUUACAUGGAUAAUUAAAGAGUUUUUGGCGAGCGAUGACCCUGAAGUUGUAGCGUUGGCUACCAGUUUCGAAUGGCAUAUCUUCCCUGUUGUCAACCCUGAUGGAUACUCUUAUACCUUCACAGACCGAAGACUGUGGAGGAAGAACCGCAGUAGAGUUAAUUUCACCUCCUGUGUGGAGUCCGGUGUUGAAGAUGACUUGAGCAACGGCGUCGAUCUCAAUAGAAACUUCGAAUUUGAAUGGAACACGGCGGGAACAUCAGAGGAUCCCUGUUCUAACCUUUUCCCGGGGCCGUCACCAGCAUCAGAACCUGAGACUCAAGCCAUCCAACAAUACGUCCUGAAUCUAAGGCAGCAAGGAGAGAUCAUUUACUACAUUGCAUUCCAUUCCUACACUCAGUUAAUCGUCGUACCGUACAGUCAUCUGGAUGCGAACUGGUCGUUGCAGAUUCCAGAUUUUGCUAACAUGUUUGAAAUAGCUGCGAGAGCAGCUGACGCACUAGCAAGCAGGAACGGCACUACAUACAGAGUUGGUCUUUCAGUGGACGUUAUGUACUUGAUGAGCGGUACGAGUUUCGACUGGGUUAAGAGCACCGGUGUUCCAGUAUCUUACCUAAUAGAACUUCGAGAUGUGGGCGAAUACGGUUUCCUGUUACCGGCAGAACAAAUCAUCCCGAACAAUCUAGAAAUCAUGGAUGCUUUACUUGAGAUGGACAGAGCGACAAGAGAUCUAAAUAUUUACACGCGGCAAUCUUCUGCGGGAACCAUUGUGACGUCAGUGCUUUUGGUAGCAUUUGGUGUUAUAAUCACUGUGAUCUAUAUUACUAUUAUGAUAAAAUUAACGAUAAAACCUGAUAACGACAUUAAGAAGCACGACCUAAAUGCUUUUUAUUUAUGCGCGAUUAAAACAAAUCACACGUAUUCGGAAGGAGUUAAAAUGGUUUUCAAAGUAAUAGCCCUUUUGGGGCUCUUAGCUGUAGCAAAUGCUAUGGUGAGCUAUGAUAACUACAAAGUUUACAAUAUUGUGCCGAAGUCAGAAGCUGAAGUGCAAAUGCUUAAUGAUCUGAAGAAAGACGGUUAUGAAUUCUGGACGGAGAUAUAUGAAGUUGGCAGCGAAGUGAGAAUCAUGGUGGCUCCUGUUGAAGAUGAGGAGUUUUCGAGUUACGUCAAAAGUGUAAAUCUUGACGCGAAGGUUAGCAUUGCUAAUGUGCAAGAGUUAAUAGACGCUCAACUGAAGACCGCAAUCCCCAAUGCUAAUUCCCGCAGCAGUACACUGGGUGGCAUGUCUUGGGACAGAUACUACGGCUUGGAAAACAUCUACAACUGGUUGGAUGAGCUAGAAACUCUUUACCCUGAUGUGGUCACUACAAUCAAUAUUGGGAACACUUUUGAAGGCCGUCAGAUUAGAGGCAUCGUCAUUGACUUCAAGCCUGGUGAGAGAGGCGAAAGACCAUUGACGGCGAUGAUUGAAGCAGGCAUUCAUGCCAGAGAAUGGAUCGCACCAGCCACCGCUACAUGGAUCAUCAAAGAGUUUUUGACAAGUGAUGACCCUGCAGUCAGGAGCAUGGCGGAGACAUUCGUGUGGCAUAUUAUUCCGGUUGCUAACCCUGAUGGAUAUGUUUAUACUUUCACUGAUGAUCGAAUGUGGAGGAAAAACCGAAAUACCGCCAACCACGUCAUGUGUGGAACUAAUGCUGAUUCAGGCAAUGGUAUUGACUUGAACAGGAACUUUAACUUCCAAUGGAUGGUCACUGGGGCCUCAGCUAACCCGUGUGAUCAGACCUACGCCGGCCCCUCCGCGGCCUCCGAGCUCGAGACCCAAGCCAUCUCCAACUACGUCCUCACACUGCAAAGUACUAGCGAGCUUAUCUACUACCUGGACUUCCACUCAUACUCGCAAAUGAUCCUAGUGCCCUACAGCCACGUGAGUGGCAUUGACGUACUGCAGGCACCUAACUACGGUGAUAUGUUUGAAGUCGCUAUCCGCGCUGCAGAAAAGUUGGAGGCCAGGCAUGGAACGCGCUACACUGUCGGCACAUCUGAAGAAAUUUUAUAUGCUGUGACUGGAUCAAGCUUUGACUGGGUAAAGGGAGUCGUGGGCGUGCCGAUCGUGUACCUCUUCGAAUUAAGAGACGUCGGCUUCUACGGGUUCUUACUGCCCACAGAGGACAUUAUCCCCAAUAAUGAGGAAAUCAUGGACUCGCUUAUAGAACUGGAUAGGGUGACCAGACAGUUGGGUUACUAUUCUGGAGCAGGGACUGUCUUCAGUUCUGUUGUGUCGUUGGUUAUCUCUGCGUGCAUGUUGGUACUGCUCCAAUAA